GACUUGGGCGCCUGUGGGAAGGGACAAUCGGACUGGUAGUGCUGGAACUAGUGAUGAGACUUCGAGGUCCACGAGCACAGGUUGGAAUGACUCUGACUGGUGGGGACAGGUCCAUGGUCACGGGUCGUCGCAGCAGUCGUCUGGAUGGGACGACCGUGGAUGGGAUCAUGGACGUCAAGCAGGUUGGCUGAGCGAUGGUCAGCUGAGAGGAUUCAAUGUGGCCAACGUUAGGAACACCACUGCCAUGAACAAUGGACGUUGGGCUGGCAGCUAUGAUGAGCAGGUUCAGCCGUACUCCGAAGUUGAGUGGGGUGACGCGCGUUGGCAUCAUCCUGAUGUGACCAUGAAAACGAAUGAGAAGGUCCCUAUCCCCGAGUUCAGUGGGGAAGGCAGUGAACAAGAAGUUGGAAAAUCAGCUCGCAGCUAUGUGAGAAAGGUGCAGGUGUGGUUGAGGUGUACAAGAAUGCCUCCGUCCCAGAGGGCGUUGGCGUUAUACAACGCCUUGUCAGACCGAGCCUGGGCUUACGCUGAAGAGCUCGACAUGGACAUCCUAGCUUCUGAGAGCGGGGUUUCUUACUACCUGGAAUGGAUUCAAACCAGAUUCAUGGAAGUCGAGAUGACAAAGAUCUCUGGCAUGAUGAACGACCUUUUUAGGAAGUGCAAGAAACGUCAGGAGCAAUCAGUGCGCGAGUUCAAUGUCGAGUUCGAGCGCAUGGUUCUCAGGCUCAGAGAAGUUCAAUGUGAGCUUCCCCCAUUGGUGAAGGCAUGGCUCUAUGUGGACAAGUUGCGAUUGUCAGAAAAUGAGGAACUUGCUCUUCUAGCCAGUGUUGGGAACGAGUACGACGUCAGAAAGCUCCAGCAGGCAGCAAUGAUACAAGAUCGUUCUCUUCGUCAUGGUGCUGGAGGGCAAGAUGGAGCGUCGAGGCCCAGAUGGCAGAAGUUCAGCAAGCAGAGUGUCCACAUGACCACCAAUGAGGAGGAGCUCACUAGUGAAGAUGAGCCCAAUGACCACGAUGACCACGACCAAGAGUUGGUCGAGGAGAGUGUUGCUGAGGCCGCCCACACGGCCUAUUUGGCCUACCAGGGCGCCAAAGCGAAGUACAAAGAAGCGAUGAAAGGCCGCGGAGUCGACCUCGAAGAAGUUCGACGUCGCAAUGAGGAGAAGCUCAAGCAAGCGAAGGCUAGAUCUUUCUGCAGUGCCUGCAAACGUCGAGGGCACUGGCAUCGAGACGCCGAAUGUCCACUUCGUGAUGUCAAGAAGGAUGGCAACAGACCUGCUUCCCCUACGCAGCAAGUCAACAUGGUGCAGAACGUCCACUCCAGUUGCGUGGCGAACCAUGCGGAUCGCGUUUUGGCGACAGAGUUUGACAUGGUGGCCAUCCUUGACACGGCAUGCACAAAGUCAGUUGCAGGGUAUCCAUGUUUUGAACGUUACUACAAGAUGGCCGACAGCUUGGGCAUCCCAUGGCAUGUAGUUGACGAGGUAGAUCAUUUUCAAUUUGGUGCCUCCAAAGUGUUUCAAUCCACGUUUGCAAUUCGUGGCUGGUUUGCCAUUUUUGGGAAGUGGUUCAUGGUCAAGGUAGCCCUAGUCCCUUGUGCAGUGCCUUUGCUUUUCAGUAGGCCAGUUCUUUCACAACUUGGAACGCAGUAUGACAUGGCGGCACAGAAGGUGUCGAUUCGAUCCCUUGGGCUGGAAGACCUUGACAUUCAGACCAGCAACUCUGGUCACCCAGCUCUUUUUGUUGCACAGUUUCCGGAGGGGGCACCACCGUCUGGGGAUGAACCUUUAGCUUUCGAAGAUGUCUGGGCGCCUGAGAGUGUAUACAUGGCGGCAGCAGUUGGUGGAGUGAGCAGUGUCAUGUCCAUCCCUCGGCGUCCACAACGAUUUCCAAUUCGUUCACUGCUCUUCAUGCCGGCUGCCGCGACCCUGAAGUCACCAUGCAAGAUGAACAAGGCAGAGCUCACGGCGGAGCUCAAUCGCCUGGGCAUGGUCAGCACGGACAAAAUUGUUUCGCUGGCCGAAGUCGGACCGUCCACCUCCACGUGGUGGCCAGUGGAGGCAAGGUUUGAACCUGAAUGGAAGGCUGUAAAUCAGGAACGUCUACAGGAACUCAGCGCGUACAAGAGACAAGUAGCCAUGGAACAGCAGGUACUCAAGCGCGUAGGUUCUAGUUCGGUUGGUAUGAAUGUCAGCAUGGAAGACAGGGUCUCGGUAUUGGAGAAUAGGGUGGCUAAUGUUUCUAACUUGGCUGCUACCACGGCCAAAGGGGUGGGCAAAGACAGGUCACAAAGGCAGAUGGUGGUCUUUGCCACUGGAGAGUUCAAGCAAAGGUUGUUGGAACUGUUGGAAAAGUGGGUGGCAGGUGCCCAGGCUGCUAAGGCUUCCACAACGCCCUCUGAGACCACAAUUCUCCCGUUUAAACUUCAGGUGGUUCAGGCGGUGGUGGCUCAGUUGGAGAACCAAGGUCUCACUGGUGAAAUUCUCUCCACCCUCAAGAUGGCCCCCAGACAGGCAGUUGAGGCUUGUUUCUAUAAGGACCCCCCCACAGAAGCAGAUAAGGCCUGGAUUCUCAAUGUCUUGUUUUCCUGUACCUCGGAAGGCUUGGCUCUUCGAAGUUUGUUCAAUAGGAUUGACUCCCAACUUGCUUGGCUGGGGGUUGGGGUCACGAGCGAGUUUGUCAUGACGGAUCCCGGGACAAUGGUCCGGGUUGGACCGCAAACGUCCUCUUCAAGCAUGGUCACGCACGACUCUUGGUUGGUCCCAGAGCUCAGGAGCUUGGUGUCAGAAGCCCGGCAGGAGACGGCGACGAAGUCCAGUCAAGAUCAGGAGCUCAAGGGGGUCACCAAGCUGAGUCUGGCAGAAUUGAUAGCCCAGGCUCACAGCAUGCGCAUUCCGAUUCCCGAGAAGCCGACCAGAGGAUGGCUCAUCCGGAUGUUGAGGGAUGCCACAGCCACACCAGCGGACACCAUCGUCCCGUUCGGCAAGUUCAAGGGGUGGCUUUAUCGGGAAAUUCCCGUUCCUUACUUGGAAUGGGCAGUGAAGGAGACCAACGGCAACCCAAAUGCUCACCCAGACCUGGUGCGAUUGGCAACUUGGGCCAAAGUGGAAUUGGAGCGACUGUCCAACAAUCCGAGGACAGGCUAUGCUCAAGAGAAGAUGCCCGACCCGGAGAUCAAUGCAACGAUCCCACCUCCGACCGUGGCAGAGAUGCGUCAUGGUUCGGGAAGCUCCGAUUCCUCUUGGGCAAGAGUCAGUGCAGCGUCCACUCCAAAGCCGAGGCCCAGGAGGACACGUCGACUCCAAGAGAUGGAUUCCGAUGCGGCGGAGGCCGAAGAGGAAGCAACAGAGAUCGACGAGAUCAGGAUGCUCGAGACGCGCCUGGCAGAGCUCAAGGAGGGCGAUUGCUCGCACAGCAGUGAGAUUGAGUAUGACAUCGGCACUUGCUCGCUUGGCACCGAGGUUGAACCCAAGGAUGUCAAUUGCUCGCAAGCCUAUGUGACAAAGAAUGUUGGCAGCAACUUCUCAAAAUCUGAGGAUGGCGACUUCUCAGAAUUUGAGGAUGGCAUGGAAGAAUAUCAGCUCGGUGGCUCCGAGUCGGAAGACGACGGUGUCAGGUUUAUGACAAACCGUCAGAAAGCUCGCCGCGGCAUUGCGGCCAGAAAGCGGAUGAAUCGGUCGACCGCUCAGAAGCUCAAAGCAAACAUGGUGAUGAUGUGCACCGUCAUGAUGUCCUGCCUGGGUGCAACAGCCAGUUUUGUGCAUGAGACAUGUGAGGGCCCUGUCAACGACGUGUUGGCGAUUUUCACGCCUUCUGCACGACUCAUGCCAGGACAUCAAAGAGAAGUAGAUUGUCUUGAGCUUUUUGCAGGUCGAGCUCGCAUUUCUGAAGCUUUUGCCAAAAAGAGGAGAGGGGUGCUCUGCCCACGCGAUUUGCUGAUGGGCCAUGACUUUCGUCGGCGAGAGGUCCAGCAGGAGAUCUUGAGCGACAUUCAUGAGCACAGGCCUGGUAUGGUUUGGUUGGCUCCACCUUGCACUCUCUGGGGCAAUUUUUCCCACCUCAACUAUGACAAGCAGACCUUGCGCAGAUUGAGGCGCAAGGAGAUGGACCUGAUCAAAUUUGCCGAUGAGGUCAUGGACUUGCAGGUUGCCCUUGGAGGGCAGUUUGUCUUGGAAAAUCCGAGGGGCUCAGAUCUUUGGCGCACCCCAACAUUGCAGAGUUGGAUCUCGCCUCAACGUGCCCACUUAGCUAAGGUUGACCUCUGCAGCUAUGGAAUGAGGAGUAUCGGUGAUGAUUUUCCUCUUUUGAAACCGAUAUCCCUUUUAUGCUCUGAUGAGAUGUUUGCACACAACAUUGCCCAACUUUGCACUGGCGAUCAUGAGCACCUGCCCAUACAGGGCAAGAACACAGCCCAUUCGGCAGUGUAUCCCACAGCUUUUGCCAAUGCUGUGGUCAGAGCAUAUUCGAAAAGUCAGGCGUUUGUGGCUUUUCCCACAGCAGCAGCAUCUGCUUCCAAGGAUUCAGGGGGCUACAUCCUUGACGGCGAAGAGGUCCCUGACGAGUCCUACGGUGCCAAAGCCAUUUCCUUCCGAGGGAAGGUCAACCCUACAAUCGCUUCGGCCCUGAAGAGGAUCCACCAGAACUUGGGGCAUCCCCCGAACAGGGAGUUGGUCCGUCACCUCAAGCUCGGCGGGGCUCCAAAACCUGUGAUUCACACAGCAGAGCAGAUGGUAUGCCGCGUGUGUGAAAGAAGCAGUAGGGCCAAACCCCACAAGGUCAGUGCUCCUGUCACUUCCCUGGAUUUCAAUGAGGUGGUCGCGGCCGAUAUCUUGUGGGUAGACACUGCUGACCGCAAGAACCUGCCAGCCCUCAAUAUUGUAGACUUGGCGUCAACAUACCAGGUCGUGAUCCCCUUGCCGGGCACUAAGUCAGAAGAGGUGUCCCAGGCUUUUUCCUCAGGGUGGAUCCAAUGGGCUGGCAUUCCCAAGCAAGUCCUCAUUGACUUGGACUCGGCCUUCAAAGACAAGUUUUUGGCACUCAUGGAUGAGAAGUGCAUCGUCGUGCGCAGUGCGGCCGGCCAAGCUCAUUGGCAGAAUGGCGUAUGCGAACGUCACGGUGGAAGCUGGAAGGCCAUCUAUGCGAAGCUCCUUGAAGAGAACCUGAUCCUUGAGGAGGAGUUCACUGUCAUCAGGACCGGGGCCAGGGCUGCUUUCUUUCAAUGUCAAACCAAAGACGCUUUGCAGCGGGCCAUCCACCACAAGCCGCGUCAACAACCAGAACACUAUGAGGAGGUCAGUGAGACCAUCAGGAUCAAGCUUGCUAUGAAGGAAGUGCGAAGCAUGAUCAACCAGAUCGAGGGUGAGGAGUACGACGACGUCAAUGAUGACGACUACGUUCCAUCCGACAUGGAAGUGGAUGGGCGGGGAGACCUUUUCAAAUCUUCCGACGCCGUCCCUGAGGGCGCCGAUAUGGAGGUGGAAGAUUCUCUUCAAGGAGGAGUUCCAAGUGCUCAGGACCGGCUUUGGUCCGAUGUGGCAUCACGAGAGAAGCAGAUCAAGAGCUCCUUUCGAAAGGCCCAAGCACUUGAUGACUUGCCCGUUUGCCUCAAGAAACCAAGGACUCAGUUUAUGGUGAAAAGAUGCAUCUCUGAGAAGGGCAAGGAGAAGCAACUUGAAAAGGAACUUCCAUGGGGCCUCAUUCCCCCUGACGAGAAAGGGCUCUAUCAAGAACAAGAGCUCAAACAAUGGAAUGAACACGUUGACUUUGGAGCAGUCAAACCUUUGUCUUUGGAGGAGUCAGAGAAGAUCAGGCGAACGGUUGCGCCUGAGCGCAUCCUCAGAUCAAGAUUUGCAUACAAAGACAAGAAUUAUGCCAAAAGGAAGUGCGACCCAAAGGUGCCACCGAAACCAAAGGCCAGACUUUGUAUCGCAGGUCACUGUGACCCUGAUUUGGGCACUAUGGACAUGCAGGUGGACGCUCCCACUACCAGCCGACACUCCAUACUUUUGGCACUACAAUUGGCUCUAGCACGUGGCUGGAGAGUGAGUGUCGGCGACAUCAAGGCCGCCUUCCUGAAUGGCGUCGAGUCAGAUCGAAAGCUGUAUUUUUCACAGCCCAAACGAGGCAUUCCUUCGUUGGAGCCUGGUCAAUUGAUUGAAGUCCUCAAGGGUGUCUUUGGCUUGUCAACGAGCCCCAAGCUUUGGUGGAUGAAGUUGUCAAAGGAAGUCUUGACCAUUGAGAUCCACCAUCAAGGACUUCAUUUGACCAUGAAGCAAAACGAGAUUGAUCCAUGCGUUUUCAUGGUAUGUUCACAAAGCACAGAAACGACGGUUCAUGGAUUGCUUCUCACUCACGUCGACGACAUCAUGCUCAUGGCAGAAAGAGAACUGGUCCCUCUUCUGCAGAAGGCCCUCCAGGAUCGUUUUCCUGUUGACGAGUGGGUCUCUGAUGAGUUUGAAUAUGUCGGCUGUGAGUACAAGUGCUCCGAACAGGAGGUGAGAAUCACGCAGAGGCAUUACACCUCUGGCAGAGUCGACAAGGUCACUGCGAAGCCCAGGCUCAGAAAAGGCAGAAUGACUCAGAAUGACCCUUCUCAAGAAGACAUCAAAAAGACCAACAAGGCUGUCGAUGCGGCGCUGAACUUCAAGGAUGAAGGUAUUACUCUCAGAAAAGUGCUUGAGCAAGACAUCGCCUUUGUGGUCUUUCAUGAUGCUGCGUGGGCCAACGUCUCACACGAGCCCUUGGAGGAGGACGAUGUGGACUGGACAGGGUCUCAUUAUGUGCGUUCCCAACUAGGUAGUUUAGUGUUGAUCACUGAAAAGCAUGCGUUUUCUGAAGGCAAGGGUAUUUUCAGCAUCAUUGAUUGGAAAUCCAAGGGUAGUCAAAGAGUUUGUCGAUCCACCUUUGCCGGAGAGACGAUGGCAUGUACCGAGGGAGUUGAGUCUGCACUUUUCCUGCGAUGUCUAUUUCUCUCCUUUGCUCAAGGUAGGCACGUUUCUGAAGAUGAGAGUGGCAAGUUCUCACCUUUGCACUGCAUCACAGACUGCAAGAGCUUAUACGAUCAUCUGCACCGUGAAGGAGUUCCUAAAGCUCCGACAGAGAAGCGUCUCGCUGUGGAUCUAGCUGGCCUUCGCCAGAUUUUCUUGCGAGAAGCACGGCAUCAAUGGUUGGCACGACAUCAAGCGGGAGGGGAACCAACUCCCGAAAGACCUUGCCGCCCUCCAUUGCAUUGGAUGCCUACGCACCUGCAGCUAGCAGAUCUUUUGACCAAGGAGAUGAACGCGGGUGCCUGGCACAAGGGUUUUUGCACAGGUAAAAAGCAGCAGUCGCGCCAUGCAGCAGCAUUGAGUUUCUUGGAUUACCACACCAAUACCAUCAUCUUUUGCUUUCAAAACCGUCCAGUGCUUGGAAGCUCGGA